AUGUACAUCACUUUCAGAUUUCAAUCCUUCAACAUGUCACUCAAGGCAACGGUAAUACUAUUUUCGAUGCUGCUGUCGGUAGCUGUAGCUCAAUACGGUUCAUCGGCUCCGCUUCCUCCUCAACUUCAUCAAUCCCAUCGGCCACCACCGCCAUUGUUUGGUGGGAAAGCCCCAAAGAAGCAACAAAACAGACCCACAUUCACUGGAUCCGUUCCGAUUUUCAGACCGGAUGCCGGGCUUGGACCACUACCCGUUCCGCCACUCCCUUUAGGACCAGGACCUCUGCCACUACCUUCUGGAAUUGGGCCUCUGCCGUUACCUGUUGGACAAGGUCCUAUGCCAGCGCAGUUGGCUACUCCGUCCUACUACUACGCAAGUCCGUCAAUGGAUGGAUUUCCUUCUCCAUUCCAACCAGUCGGUCAGAUUCCAUCCUUCCAGUCUCCAGCACGUCCGGCAUGGCAAACGGCACCUUCUUUUAAUAGCUACGGAUCGGCCCAGCCCAUGAACUUUGCUCCGCAAGGAAUUCCGCCACCUGUCGGCCCUCCCAUCUACCUCCAGCAAACCACCUCUUCGUUCGGAUCGGUUCCAUCCAAAUUCCUUUCUCCUCCGCCACCGUCUUCCUUCCUCACUCCGAUAUCCUUCGGAGGACCCGCCAACGGUCCCGUUUUCCCCAGCAAUUCACCAAUGCAACCGUCGUUUCAAAUGGCCCAGCCUGCCCAGUACAAUCCAGCGCAAAACUACGGCACCGGGCCGUCUUCAUCCAUGAUGCAAUUGCAACAGGGCAACGAUCCUUCGGCUUUCGGCAUCAUCCCUCAGCGUGAACAAUCUCAACAAUUCGCCGGUCCCUCUUCGUAUGCUCCCCAAUCCUACGGUUUCGCAGUUCAACAAUUCUCUGGUCCCGAUUUAUCCUCGCAAUCCUUCGGUGGGAAUCCCCAGCAAUCGUUUGUAGGAUCUCAACAACCCGUGGGUCCCCCCGCUCAGACCUAUUCCUCCGCAUCCCAGCAACAGUCUUUCGGCCAAGCUCAGUCGCCCCAGUCGUUUGCUCAAGUCGUACCUCAGCAAUCAUUUGCUUCCGUUGAACAAACUCAGCAAUCUUUCCUGCCGUCACAAUCUUUCGGUCAGCAGGCCUCGUUUGAGCAACCUUUAGGCCCUUCGGGACCCUCUCAGUCCUAUUCCUCUCAACAACAAUCGUACGGAACGGCCUCGGCGUCUUUUACUCCCGUCGAAUCUCAACAACAAACGUUCGCUGGUCCAUCUGAAUCUCAACAAUUCGGCGGUGUCACUUCCCAAUCUUUUGCACCUUCGCCAGUCGAAGGUUUCCCAGAAAUGCAAGCCUCUGGCAAUCCAUCAGUGCCCAUUUAUGGAGUGCCACCACCUUCGCAGCAGCAGCAGCAGUCGGUUCCGGACUUCCAGCAAAGUAAUUCGCAAGAUAAUUCCACCCCAAUCAGACAGCAGCAGCAGAGCUCUGCCGAAUUUCAAAUGCCCAUGUCAUACCAAUCUGCAGCGAUGGUCUCUCCUCCGCUUCCGGAGUCUUCCGGUCCGAAUAACUCAGGAUUGACAUAUGACGCAAGCAAUGUGAUGACUAGAUAUGUCCGAGUGAGAAAUUGAUUAUUAUUUCUUUUUUUAAAUGUAAGUUUAACGUGAUCAUGUUUUUAAUUCGCCAUAAUUUUUCGUUUCGCA